UAGAGGACAAAACAGCUCCUAUCUCAGGCCCUGCCAGCACAAACCUACCCAGCGAGAGCGAAACCGGACUAUCUCGCAAACACACUUUGAGCAAACACAGCGCUCGACGGAAAGCAUCUGAUAAGAGCCGCCUGGCUCAGCCAAGAGGACUUGGGUUUGCUCCCACAUUAAGUCCAACGGCUCCUCCAGGGCUGUGUCACCUCUGCUGUGAGGGGGAAGACGCCAUGUCCACCACCAUCUGCCAGGUGAUGGGCUUCCUGGUGUCGUCGCUGGGCGUCGCGGGCUGCAUGGUGGCCACGGCCAUGGAUAUGUGGAGCACGCAGGAUCUGUACGACAACCCGGUCACGGCCGUCUUCCAGUACCAGGGGCUGUGGAGGAGCUGCGUGCGCCAGAGCUCUGGCUUCACUGAGUGCCGGCCGUAUUUCACCAUUCUUGGGCUGCCAGCCAUGUUCCAGGCUGUGAGGGCCCUCAUGAUCGUGGGCAUCGUCCUGGGCAUCCUUGGCCUCCUCGUGUGCAUUUUUGCUCUCAAAUGCAUCCGGAUUGGCAACAUGGAGGACUCUGCAAAAGCCAACAUGACUCUGACCUCUGGCAUCAUGUUCAUUGUUGCUGGCCUAUGUGCUAUCACUGGAGUGUCUGUGUUUGCCAACAUGCUGGUCACAAACUUCUGGAUGUCCACAGCCAACAUGUACCAGGGAAUGCAGAACGUCCAGAACAGGUACACCUUUGGCUCAGCCCUCUUUGUUGGCUGGGUGGCUGGGGGCCUGGCCCUGGUGGGAGGCAUCAUGAUGUGCCUUGCUUGCAGAGGGCUGAUGCCAGAAGAGUCCCGGUACAAAGCAGUGUCCUACAAUGCAUCAGGACGGAAUAUCUCCUACAGGACGGGGCCAUACAAGGUUGGCUCAGGGUAUGAGCCUGAAACGAAGACAAGGAAGGGUGCAGGAUAUGAAGAAGCCGCUCAAAGUGAGGAUGGAAGGCGCUCAUACCCUUCAAAACACGACUAUGUCUAGCAGACUCUCUGGGCUUCAGAAGCAGAGAAAGCAGCCAGGAAAUAGGAUUGUGUUUUCUAUCGUGUUUCCCCUGCUCUGAGGUUGCACUCUAGCUUGUUGUAACAUCAGUUUUCUUCAACUGCCUCUUAGGAUGCCUAUCAGAAGUAGGUCUGAAACGAAACCAGUGCCUUUUUAUGCUCUGAGUUAGACAGUUUGUUGGUAUUUACAUAUAAACUCUGAUAUCCAGGACCAGGGUUGUGCCUUGUGCCCUUUACUGAUUGUUCUAACAGGUUCAAGUUCCCAUUUAAUAAUAGCUGAGAUGCAAAGGUGAUGCUACCCUCCCCCUCCCCACCCCUUGCCUUCUUCCCUUUGAGCAGGUUUGCAUGCAAUCAGGCAGUGCCAUCCCUCUACUUUCCCAGAGUCUGGAGAGGUGAGCAGACCUCAGCCCAUCAGAAAACACCAGCCUUGUGUGUCUCUGCUCUGGUUUUAACACUCCUUUUGUUGAUAUAAGCAAGUAGAGAAGGAAAAAUGAUAACUCAGCAGUCUCCUGUAUUACUUUGCUGUGUCCUUUCAGUGAAUGGAGUCACUGUGGCCAAUGCAUACAGACCCCACAGUCGUGGCAUUUUCCUCCCCAGCCACUGUUUCUCCUCAGGCACACCUUUGCCUUGCUGUUUGUGCUACAAUGCUGAUCUGAGCUAGUUCACCUGCUUUCUCUUACCCAGACUUUUGCUAUAACCUGUGCUACCAAGGUGUAUUUAUUCCUCCCUGUCUCUCCAGGGAAUGUGUCUCAUCCAUUGUUAUUCCUGGGCUAGAUAUUUGUGGUAGUGGCUGAAGCCCCUCUGUGUGCCACUGGUGUUCCUGCAGAUGUUCAUCUUCAAUGAAGCCAGAAGAAUUGCUCAUUUAGAAUUAAUUAGAGUGACAUUUGGAGCAGAAAUCCCAGGGAGCAUUAGAUGUGUAAGUCCACACUGACAUCAGGCCUUGCUGGUGUUAACUCUCCCCCCCUCCACACACACCCUGGUGCUGUGAAGGUUAACUCCUUAGUGGGGAUGUGGCCUCUUUUAGACAAUCCAUCAGAGAGGAAGUUUAUGCAAAAGAGUCAGAGGAAGAGACACAAGAGCUUGGGUGGGAGGGCAGAGCUGUGUGCUGGCACAGAACAUCUUAAUGAAGCUCUGGGAAGUGCAAAGGGUACUGAGGAAUAAGUUAGGGAAAAAAAGGAGCCCAAAGCCUCCCAAGGAGCCACUUUUGAUAGAUAUCUGUGACAGGGUUUGGCCUCUCUUGGAAUGGUGACAAGUUCUCUGGCAACAUGUUGGUGAAAUGCUGAUAUUUCCCUCAAGUGUUUUCAUGUUCUGGAGGGACCAAGACUUGAGCUGAACGUUUCUGCAGAGCUGCACCUUGGGUAGGUCGAGCUACCAGUGCAGCUGGUGUCUCUGGUAGCUUGUAUGGACAGGCUGAACACCAGUGCUCCCAGUGAGCACAAACCCUGCUCUCCAUAAGCACCAGCUCUCCACGUGUGGGGGCACAUCCCCAGCAUUGACCCACGAGAUACAGUUGGGCAGGCUGGAGAGAGGAGGAGGGAAUGGCUGGCAGGGUGCUGAGCCAGGGGCUGGUUGGAGCAGCUGAUCCCCAUGCAGAGGUGGGAUGAGCUUCCAUCCAACAGAAGCUCCUGGUCCCAUCUCAGGCUGUGGAUGUUGGCCACCUGGGAUAAAUCAGUCCCUUGCCUCUUCCUUUUUGUAACAGCAAAGGAUUUGUUGCUGGGGUCUGGUUUUAAAGGAGAGAAAGUUAUUUUGCAGAGGAAAAAGUCCUAUUUUAAACAUAUCCAUCUUAUUCCCUGUGGUUUUGUCCCUGUCUCUCAGCUUGUCUGCCUUUUGUUUGCAUCCUGCAUUUGGGUUUGUUGUUGUUGUUUUGUUGGUUGGGUUUUUUUUUACAUGAACAUUAAAGAAAGACCAAAAUCA